UCUCACUGCUCUAAUCAACAAAUCCAAAGCAAGCCGAGCUUUUUUUUAAAAGUAGAACUUUCUCGGUCAUCCUUAAAUCUCUCUCUCUCUCUCUCUCUGUAAUAGCUAUAUCCAUGGAGGAGACUAACGGAAUCCGCGGAAACUCCGUUAACGCAGGCGAAGAGCCGACGGUAUUCCGGGCAAAAGAAUCUUCGCUGUUGCAGGCGGUUACGGCUCUCGCCAUUUGGCUGGGCUCUAUCCAUUUCACCGCCGCAUUGGUUAUCACCGCAUUCUUCCUUCCUACUCACCUAGCUUUCUUGAUUUUUGGUCUCCUCCUGUUUUUGAUGGUACUUCCUAUUGACGAUAGAAGUAAAGUAGGUCGAAGAUUGGCAAGGUAUAUCUGUAACCGUUGCUGUGGAUAUUUUCCGGUGACGCUGUAUGUAGAGGAUAUGAAGGCGUUUGACCCCAAUCAAGCUUAUGUCUUUGGGUAUGAACCACAUUCGGUUUUGCCAAUUGGAGUUGUUGCUCUUGCGGACCUUACGGGAUUCAUGUGUCUCUCAAAAAUCAAAGUUCUAGCAAGUAGUGCUGUUUUCUAUACACCAUUCCUGAGGCAUAUAUGGACCUGGCUGGGGCUUACCCCUGCAACGAAGAGGAGUUUUACCUCACUUCUGGAAGCUGGUUAUAGUUGCAUCGUAGUGCCAGGUGGGGUGCAGGAGACAUUUCUUAUGAAGCAUGGAUCAGAGAUUGCCUUCAUCAAGUCAAGAAAAGGGUUUAUUCGCAUAGCUAUGGAGGCAGGCCGACCUUUGGUUCCAGUUUUCUGCUUUGGUCAGACAGAUGUCUACAACUGGUGGAAGCCAAGUGGGGAACUGUAUUUGCGACUGUCUAGAGCUAUAAAGUUCACUCCAAUCAUUUUCUGGGGAGUAUUUGGAUCACCACUACCAUAUCGAAGACCCAUGCAUGUUGUGGUGGGCAGGCCCAUUGAGCUGAAAAGAAUUCCACAACCAACUAUGGAAGAGGUGAAUGAGGUGCAUAGCCGGUUUGUAACAGCUCUUGAAGAACUUUUUGAGAAACACAAGGCUAGGGUGGGCCAUGCUGAUCUUCAAUUGAGAAUACUUUGAUAAGUGCAUUUCCUUGGGUUUGCAGUCUCAUCCAUUUUUAAACAUGUAUAAUUUCAGAUGUAAUUUUUUGUGAAACUUUAUAUUAAAAUCUCAAAAGCUUCCUCAUUGAUCUUUGUAACUAUUCACGGCCCCUAGAAAGCUGUCCAAGCUAGACUGUGGUAUAUAUAGAAACUUUUAAGAGAAGGAAGAAAGUAAAAGCCCCA